CCAACACGCUUCCACAUCAGGAGAGGCCAGAGUCCAGGCAGGAUGCCCUGCUCAGAACCAGCCAGGCUACCUCUGUGCAGCUUCCUCAAAGGGUGCUGCAAGACUGGCCAUGGCAUGUGCUGCUGGAAGUAGUGCUGUAGUAGAAGCUGUGAAGCUGGGCUGCAGUGUGAGUGACUGGCAGCAGCAGCAGCAGUCUGCCUGGGUGUGGGGAGGUGCAGGUGUGAUGACCAAGGAUCACCAGGAGGCAGGCAGCUCUAGCUACAAAGCAGAGAGGAAGUUUGAGUGCCAGCAGUGUGAAAAAACCAUGGAGUCUAGAACUGGUCUGAAGCACCACGUCCUGACACACGGUAGUGUUGGAAAUUAUGAGUGUCCAGGAUGUGGAAAGAAAUUUAUCAACAAGUCUAACUUAACCAGACACACCUUGACACACAGUGGUGUUAAAAAUUAUGAGUGUCUGAAAUAUGGAAGGAAAUUUACUCAAGUCUAACCUCACCAAACACAUCCUAACACACAAUGGUAUUAAAAAUUAUGAAUGUCUAGAAUGCAGAGAAUUUUCCCAAAAGCCUCAUCUCACCAGACACAAAGUGUCUGGUGAGAAACUAUGAAUGUCUAGUGUGGGAAAAAUUUACCCAAAAGACUGACCUCACCAAACAUAGAGACACACUAUAGUGUUAAAAGUUACAAAUGUCAAGAACAUGGAGAGAAAUUUACGUGUAAGUCUUGCCUCACCACACACAACAUGACAUCCAGUGGUGUUAAAAACUAUGAAUGUCUGCAGUGUGGAAUGAAAUUUCCCUGAAAGUCUAACCUGACCAGACACACCGUGACACACAGUGGUGUAAGAAAGUAUGAGUGUGAAGAGUGUGGCAAAAGAUUCACUACUGGUUCUUGGCUCAAUGAACACACCUUCAGACACACUGGCUUGAGCGAGUUCCAAGUGUGAUGUCUGUAGGCAAGUGUUUUAAGACAAAGUCUGAGAUUACCAAGCACAUGAAAGUCCACUUUUGAGGUAGUGUGGACAAGUGGACUUGUGGACAAGUGUGGUUACACCCAUGCCUGUGGGAGUGUCAUCUGUGGCAAUGUGUGGUGGUGGUGGUGGGGAGUGUGUUGUGCCUGUGGGGGACAGCUAACUUGGCACACGACCAACUCAUCACUUGGAAAGUGUUGCCACAUGACUGUUCUUUGAUUCUGAUGGCAAUUCUGGAAUUGAUUGUGAUGUCAAUGAAAAUUAAAAUGUGAAAAAAAAUCCUUAAAAUUUGCAAACAAGUUUUGAUGCAUGCAAGAUAUAGAGUGUUUAAUGGUGCCUGAUUACUGGGAAGAAAAGAAUGAAGGCUGCCAGCAAGCCCAGCAUUGUCUUUGUCACACUGAGGUGGUUGGGACGGUGGUGGCAGAUACACUGUGGCAAGACACCUCGGAAUGUGGUGAGCCCCUGAAGGCUGCUGCAUCACUUCAUCCUGCACAAGACAAGUGUACACUCCCUUCCUGCUACAGGGACCUGCUCAGCACACCACCACCACCGCCACCAGUGCGCACCACCAGCACAGUCUGGAGGAUAGGAGGAAAUGUUGCUCCAGAUUCCAAGCUUGAAAAUCCAAGGCAAAUAGACUUGUAGAUGUCUGGUGUUGCAUUGUUAGAAUCUGGAAGUGUGGAUCCUCACUCCUUGAUCAAGCAGCAGCAGUGGCAGCAGUCAUUGCUGCCCAGAGGAGAGGAUGCAUCUGAGAGUGCUCAUUGGCUGCCGGAGGCGAUAUGUCACUGAUUCAAUGUAACACGCAAGGCAGCCAAUCACAGGAAGGCUUUGUGUUAUCACCAAGAAUGCCAUGAGACAUUGUUUAUAAACUGUUAUGUGCCCACAGCCACCAAUCAUCAUAGUAUUCCAGGGAGUAAAAAAUAAUGGCUAAUGAUUUCCAUAAAAACAAGAACCAUAUUGAUUCAAAACAGGCCAAAAAAUACGAGAAAUAAACAGUUUCAUCCACAUUAGAAAACUGGUGGGAGUAAAAAUUAGCCCACUAGCAUAUUUGCUUAUUAUUUUAUCUUGACCAAACUGUAAAUUGCAUAUGGAAUUUAGUUAACUAAUGUUUUAGACAUUGCUUUAAGUAAUAUGACCAAAUUCCCUAAAUGACUUUGUUGCAUAAUGGGAGAAAAAUUUUUUCUGCUCACCCUUUGGGAUCCAAACUUCUAGAAAAAAGAAAAUCAUUUUAAACAUGUUCUUCACUGUUGAGGUUAAAUAUAUGUUCUACAUUGUUGAGGAAGAGUUAGGUUAGGGUAGGUUGUUAGGUUGGUUAGCUAGGUCGGACUGAUGGUAGCAAUGCUUAAAACCCCUCCAAAGUUUGCUGUUGUGUACAUGUUGUAAUUUAAUGUUGCUGUGUAAAAUUUAUCCAGAUAGUUGAUAACCAUAACUAAGAAACUGCUAAGCACUGGAUUAUAGAUAGCAGUGUGUACAGUAAGUACCUGUGGCAGUCAGGUCUGAGAUGGUGACCACUGCAGUAAUUAAAAUCUUCAAGAUGAGCACUUACGCAUUCAAGUAUUACAACAGGUGGACUUAGUUCCAUGCAGGUGAAGAACCUCCAGAGGACACCACCUACACUGUUGUCCUGCGGACGCUGUCACUAACAGCUGUUUGCAGAACUGCCAGUCCCUGACAAGAGAGUCUGGCUCUCUGUGAGGACCACAGCCAUCCACCCACCAGCAGUAGUGUUAGAGUCAUCCAGCCCUCAUCUGCUGGUGUUGCUGGGGCCUCUGGAUUCAUUGUUGCUGUGGGUGCAUCAUGUGAAGUUUUAGCAGUGGACAUCAGUUUUUGAAGUCAUCCAUCUUACAGAUGACAUCACCCAGUGGUGAAUAACUGUUGCCACUCAUUCAUGUUAACAUGUAUUCAAUUUUGUUCUUCAGUGCAUACCUAUGAACAUUGUAUGUACAUUUAGCAUAUGAGCCAUACUUUUGAAUGGUCUGUAUUACAGUUGAUUAAUAUGGUAAUUAAAUGCCUUAUUUGUGCAGUACAUUAUUA